AUAGAAUUAAAGAUGAAAAGUUUCAUCUUGACGAGUUUUUCGCCGUUUUAAAGUUGCAAUUUUUACUGGGAAAAGUUUGACUUUAAUGGUUGAAAAGUUUUCCAAAACAGAAUGCAACCGGGCCCGAAUCGGCAUUAGGUGAAUUCGAGCGUGGUCGAGCGUUUGCAGCAGUGAAAAAAGGCUAAGGCGGACAGUGAUUUCCGUGCAUGGGUUAGGAUUUUUCCUCCCAAAAAUUGCAAGAGUGGGCUCCAUCGUCAUCAUCAUCGGGCAGCCGUCGACAUCGCGGGGCUGGCAUUCAGCCUCCAGGAUUUUUUUUGUAGCUCGGGCCCUCGCUCGCAGUGGUGAUAAAAGUUAGACAUUUUAUUUGAUUGCAAUGUGAAAGUGAAUGUGAGAGUGAAAUAAUGGAACUCCGAAAAAAGGAUAACUUGCAGUCUGGCAGAAUGGCAAACCGGGCGCCUUCAUAGGCGUUGGAAAGUGAAAAUUUUUCGAUCCCAGCGUGGAAAAAAUGGUGUGCGAAUCUAUCGAACAAAAUUAGGAAGGGAUGCGUGAUACGAUGCCAAAAGUGUUGGACAGUGAUACGGAAUCGGAGAUACCAGCCAGUAUUCAUAGUAACAACAAUAGCGAGCCGAAUACGGAUAAUGAGGAGAAACCGGAAACGGACGCCCUUCCUGUUGCGGGGACGUCACUCCCAGCCGUUGAAAAUGGAAACGUCAGCGAUACGGAUAGCAUUUGCAGUAACCGAAGUAAUGGGCGAAUGCUAUCCAACGGGACUGACCAAACCCCCGGACCGAGUCUUCCAUCAGUCAGAGCACCAACCCCACCAGCAGCUACUGCCAAUGGUAAUAGCUCUUCCAGCUGUGCAUCAAAUCCGAACAACAACGGCAAUAGCAGCUCCAGCAACGGUAGCACCUCCAAUCCCACUCGAGCAUCGACGGCGACGCCUGUGGCCGCAGGUGAUCGGAUAAGGAAGUAUCGCCAUCAAAACUUCAGCAAGAAUAUCUACAUCGGCACGAAGAAUGCGGAAAAGUGGGACACCUUGCGGAAUCUGUUGCUGUUCAAAAAUGAUGUGGAAUUUGUAUCAUUUCUGCUUCGGCUGGCAGAGGUGGACGAUCGGAAGAGGAAAAAUCGAAUUGCGAACGGCUUAAACGGUGAUUCGGAUUCGCUGCAGGAUGUUCUGCCGGGUGUAUUGGCCAGCUCUAAGAACGACCAACCGAACGGAAAACCUAGCACUAAGAAAACCAAAAGAGUACAAUUCCAGGAAAAUGUAAAUAUAAUCAACGACAACAAUAGCAGUUGUAGCUUGCGCACUUCCGGCGGCGGAGGUGGUAUAUUCGACUUCCACGAAGAUGAGGACGAUAACGAAAAUGGGCCUGGGUUUGAGUUUCGACGGCGACGUCCGCGGACUCAGCAGCCGCUGAGAUCUCCCUUGCCUCCCGGUGAGGACGGCCAUAGGGAUGAAGAUGAUGCUGCCGAUGGUGGCGAUGAAGACGAGGAACAGUUUAUCGUUCAAAAUAUUAUAAAAAAGAUUCCGGGCAGAGUUGGACAAGGAAAUGAAGUGCAGCAGGAUUCCAUCAGUAGUACCAUGGGAUCGGUGUCUGAGGAUUCGUUACAUACUGAAGCGGAAGUGUUGGAUUAUCGUAUUGCUGAGAAAAUUAAGACAGAACUGGAGGAGAAGCAGAAACUUGAGAGGAAAUCGUUUGGAGAAGAUAUGCCAACGACUUCGAACUUCUCUGAACACUCCGAUCGGCCGUCGGACGAUGAAGCAUAUGAUAAUAAGCUUGACAUUAAGAAGGUAGACAUCCGGAAGGUACCCUUCGAUCCGAAGCUAGGUACGAGUAGAAAAUUGAAAAGAGAAACUGGAUCAGUUGAUCUUCGCAUAGAAUACGAAGAACAGGAAUAUAGUCCGUUGGCUACGGAUGAACGCAAGCCACUGUUACCACCACCGAAGAAGCCUAGAAAAGCACCUACAACGAAAAACAAAGCCUGUACGGGUUGCGGUUUGAAGCACGGAACUGAUCCGUGUCCGUUGAGCACUCCAUUGGCAGUGAUCAAUAACAAAAUCGAGCUUAAAGAAUGGAUAGAGCAGAAUGAGGAUCUGAUUAAGAAACACAAAAUUGUGCUCAAGCCAGAAAAUCCAGAAGAAAUGGAUGAUGAAAACGAAGAUAACUACGACGACGAUGAGGAUGACGACGAAGGUGAUGAAAACGAGGAAAAUCAAUACGAUGAAAAACUCGAUAUCAUACCUUCAUUCUCGGAGACUUCAUUGCCACCGGAGUUUGAAUUGCGUUUGGCCCCGUUGGCAACGACUAUUAGUACAGUUGCAACUGCAGGCAGCAGUAGUACCAGCAUUAGUCAACAAAUGCAGAUCGAUGCCAGUGAGUCAUCGUGCUCGUUAGCAGCGCCACCAGGUAGUGAACAACAACAACAACAGCCACAACUUCCCCCUCCAACGGCAACGGUUACCAAUACGAUCAACCACGGACUGAGUGUCUACACGAAGAUCUUCAUUCCGAAAUAUACUCAACUUGGACCCGUCAUAGGCCUAGUAGCCAAAGAAACGGAAAUCCAGGAUGAUUGCAACAUGCGAUACAUCUUUGAGACGUUCGAUGGAACGAAGUCUACCUACCUAAACAUGGAGAACAAGAAUCAGGCCAAUUGGUUGCGAUACCUGAGACCGGCUCGGCAUCGUGAUCAGAAGAAUUGCGUGCUCAAAGUUCGCGACGAAGAGAUAGUUUUCGUGACCUGUGCGGAUCUGGAAGUGGGCAGUGAGCUGCUUUAUUGGAGCGAAGAAAGCAAUUCAGCGUGGGGCAAGAAGAAGAUGGAGAAAACAAAUUGUGGUGGGUGCAACUUGAAGUUCGAUCAUCCCUUGUACUAUCGCACACAUUGCUCGGUGUUUCAUGAUCCGGCGUUUAGCUUGACGAUUCGGAAAUAUCACUGCAAGGUGUGCGGAAUUGCUGUUUUGGGAAAGGAGAACAUAAUGAAACAUGCCGAGAAGAUGCACGACGGCAAAGGUGCCUACCAGUGUCAGUUUUGUCAGAAG